AACAGUAGAAAAAUUGUGUGCAAGGUUGACACAAGAUCUCAACGCAUGCAUUUCACCGCUUGGGAAGUGCGAGUGCGAGGAUCAUAAUUCAUCAUCUUCUUUAACUAGUUGUGAGCUAGUAACAUUGUAAAUCAGUGAUGGCUUACUAUGAUAACCAAGGAUCAACCCAUUCGAGCUUCAGUCUCAACAACAACAGUUCCGAUCCCCGUGCAACUCACGCUCGGGUCCUCAAAUCCACCGUCACAGACAUUGCAGUAUUCAACAACCUCAUAACGCAGUAUUUCAAAUCCAACCUCUCAUCCUAUGCUCUCUCCCUCUUCAACCGAAUCCCCUCUCCUAACGUCGUCACAUGGACCGCACUCAUCACCGCACAUUCCAACACUCUCCAUUCCCUCCACCACUUCCUCUCCAUGCUUCGCCAUUCCACCCUCCCUAACCACCGCACCGUCGCCUCCCUUUUUGCCACCUGCGCCUCCCUCUACACCCUUUCGUUUGGCCUUUCUCUACACGCGCUCUCCCUCAAACUAGCACUCUCUCACCACCCUUUUCCCGCUUCAUCUCUCCUCACUUUUUACUCCAAAUGCCGACUUCCCAGUCACGCACUCAAAGUGUUCGACGAAACUCCCCACAGAGAUAAUGUAUCUUACUCCGCUAUCAUUGUUGCUCUCGCUCAGAAUUUUUGCUUUUCAGACGCUCUUUUUCACUUUGCUGACAUGAGAUGUCAGGGUUUUGAUUCUACAGUACACAGCGUUUCUGGGGCUCUACGUGCUGCUGCUCAGCUUGCUGCACUGGAGCAGUGUAGGAUUAUUCAUGCGCAUGCUGUUGUUGCUGGCCUUGAUUUGAAUGUUGUGGUUGGCACUUCUCUUGUUCACGGGUAUGGUAAGACGGGUCUUGUGAACGAUGCAAGACAGGUUUUUGAGGAUAAUAUAUAUUGUAUGAAUGUUGUGGGUUGGAAUGCAAUGUUGGCUGGUUAUGCACAACAAGGAGAUUGUCAAUCUACUCUUGAGUUGUUUGAUUCUAUGAAAACAUACGGAUUUGUGCCUGAUGAGUAUAGUUUUUUGGCGAUUCUAACGUCCCUAUAUAAUGCUGGGAUGUUUAUGCAGAUUGAUGUGUGGUUGAAUAGGAUGAAAGUGGAUUAUGGUUUGGAACCAACUCUUGAGCAUUAUACAUGUUUGGUGGGGGGAGUGGCCCGUGUUGGACAAUUGGAGCGUGCAGAGAGGAUAGCAUCAACAAUGCCUUUUGAGCCAGAUGCCGCAGUUUGGCGAGCUUUGCUAUCUGCUUGUGCAUACCAUGGUGCGGUUGAUAAAGCUCGGGUUAUGGCUAGGAAGGUAUUGGAACUAGAGCCUCACGAUGAUUCUGCUUUUGUUAUUGUUGCUAAUAUGUUAUCGGCUGCUGGAAGGUGGGAUGAUGUUGCGGAGUUGAGGAAAAUGAUGAAAGAUAGGAGGGUGAAGAAGAUAGGAGGGAGGAGCUGGAUUGAGGUGCAGGGGAAAGUUCAUGUUUUUGUGGCAGGGGAUUGGAAGCACGAGAGGUCAGUGGAGAUUUAUCACAAGUUGGAAGAGUUGAUGGGGGAUAUUGAGAAGUUAGGAUACGUUCCAGUUUGGGAUGAGUUGUUGCAUAAUGUUGGGGAAGAAAAGAGCAAAGAAGCUCUUUGGUAUCACAGCGAGAAGUUGGCGGUUGCAUUUGGAGUAUUGUGUGGAUCUAUACCACCUGGUAAGGCAUUAAGGAUUGUGAAGAAUUUGAGGAUUUGUAAAGAUUGUCACGAGGCUUUUAAGUAUAUGACUAGAGUUUUAGAUAGGGAAAUUAUUGUGAGGGAUGUCAACAGAUACCACAGAUUUGUUAAUGGUGAUUGUACUUGUAGAGACAUAUGGUAAUAUAUAUUACUAAUGAAUAAUGACAGUAAACAUGUUUGAGGCCCAUUUCCCAUGACAAAUGAUGCUGGAGAAACAGAACUAUUUUUAUGUCACAAUUGAGGUUCAAAUAAGGAGCAUAGGCGGCAGUGUGGCACUAUGCCCAAACUACCCGAGGACUGAUGGUCAUACAACAUUCUCAAACUGAUAAGUUCUCAUCACUUGAAAUACUGCAUUAAGCGUGCAUCAAAUGCAGAGGGAUAUUCAGGGAGAGUGCAAUGGAUAAAGAUUACAUGUUGCUGUUAGUUCCAUAGUUCCAAAUGGGAACUACUUAGAACUUUUCAGGCGCAUAGGUUGAUUAGACUGCCAAAGUGAAAUCAUGCCUUCAUCUGGCUGUUAGAUUACAUUCAAGGAUGUGGAGUUUUCAACGCUUACCUCGUCAGGGGAGCAGGAAGGGAAAUCCUUCUCUCAUCUGUGAUAUAGUUGUUCAGUUUUCUUUCUUAAGAGACUUCAUCAUCGCCUUUAUUCCCAUUUCCCAAGCACAUUAAAUCACUCUCAUCCAUAGUGACCGCCAAUACUCUAUCUUUUAUUGAAACAUUACCACUUUGGCCCCAUAAUAUGGAAAUUUCAGAAUGAGAAGAUUCAACCAAAAUGGCCCUAUUCUGAUUUAGGUUUGCUGUAAUCACAGUUUGGUUAUCAUUUCCUACAAUUAAGUUUCGAAUACCACAAUCCAGAGCAAAAAGGAAUUCCACCCCAAAUGCCCAUAGCUUCCGCAACCUUAGCAUCUAUGUUGCCCUUCGAGCUUUUUGUUGUAAUGGCUAUGACAGAUCCUUUAUCAUCUCUCAUAAUGAAAACCAAAUCCCCUGGAAGCAUUCAUUUGAAAUCGUUCCACCUGUGUCGUGCCUUGAAAAUGAAGGAGGAAGGGGCUUCUAGCACGGAGGAGAAGAUGGGUUCUACAAGCUACUAGAAAGAAAAUUUGAAUAAGAAAAGCCACUACUGUGAUAGAAUUCCCAAAGAACUGGGAUAGCUUGCUUUGUAGUCUUCUCAACAGCUAUCACUAAGAUUGAAGGAAUCCGUUCGUGUGGACUGAGUAGAGGCGCUGUCACCAUUCAACGUUUGUGAUCACUCCUUAGAUCUGCAUUAAAGGUUUCAAUCGCCACAAGAGGUAACAAUUCUAUUACUGAUCAUGCUCAUUCUUAAGGAUCACUAAAGGAGAAAUUUUAAAUUUCGUUGUAUUUUGGAUCGCAAUUCUCCUUCAGUGGUAUCAUAGCCACUUACGAAACCAUGCAUCUGAUAACUGUUUAUUUUCUGUAUUAUCUGUAAUAAUACAAUUAAAAAACAGAAUGAAUCAAAGACUAAACGAGUAAUUAAAUUUGACAUCAUAUGUGUACGAUUUGGAUGAUUGAUGUUGACUAUGCUUCGGAAUACGGGGUUAGUAAGGUGAAACAACGAUACAUCGAUUGCCCAUAGGUUACACAAUUGAGAUCGAUCAAAUUAUAUAUAUGAUAUAAGUAAUUCUGAUGCAAAAUACGGUAUAUAUGAUAUAUUGUUUCUGUUUCGUUCAUUCAAACACUUAAUGGUUGUUUUCCUUUGAGCGAUCAAUGGUCAUUUGCUUCUUGAUCCGACAUUAGUAUGGUGAAGCAAUGACGUGUUGAUCAAUCAUACUGAAUUAACGAUCGAGGUGUGUUUGACGGUAUGAAAUUGCUGCAUUAGGGUUCAUGACGGUACAAUGAUUAUGUUGUCAAAGAGUUAUGCGAUUAAGGUUGUGACUGCGCAAGAGUUGUGCUUUAAAGUAUCAAGUGUUGAUGCGAAAAACGACGUCGAUUUCAAAUGAAUUGUUCAUUAAAAUUUUGCGUCGGGCAACGGAACCCCCGACUAACUCUACGUAGUGUGACCGGUCCCCGAAAUUUAAUUUGGUUUAUUUAAUUAACAAAAUUUAAAUUAAUAAUAAUAAUGUGUUUAUUAUUAUUGUCUUGUGGUGAUCGGUUAUGACCUUAGUUUUCCUUUAUUUUGUUUUGGAAUUUUAAAAUAUGAUAUGCGUGUCGUGCCUAUGUUUUAAUCUCUUAAUGUAACUUCUUUUCUCAUCUCACUCCCUCGUAUGUAAAAUGAGUUUCUUUUAUGUAAUGUAAUGGUAUGAAGAAAGAGAAGAAUACAAUAUCGAAGGAGGACAAUCUUGAAGAUUUUGCUUGGAGAAACUUAGAUCGUUAUUAGGUUAGCUUAGGUUCUCUCAUUGGCUUGAGAGAACAAUUGCGCUAGGGGCCAUAACUGUUUCAUUUUGUAUGUAUGUUGAUGCAUGUGAAUGUAUGUUGAUGCAUCUGAGAGAUGAUUUAUAUGAUAUAUAAGCCGGUGAGAUUAGAAUAAUUGCAAAUUCCCUCAAAUUAAAUAUUAAGUUUAUGCUUUCUAAGUUUUAGCACUCAUAAAGACUAGUAUCGAAUAAUGUAGGUUUCGCCUACGCGAGGUGCAUAUUCUAUAUUAGUAAGCUGCGAUUGGAUAAUUGUAAUAUCCAAUUGUUAAAACAAUGGGUCAAACUUAAUUAAACAAAUUAUAAUAAGAUUAUAUAUGUUUAGAAGCAAGAUUUGGAAAUGAUCCAUGUGAUGGAUUGAAAUAAGGAGUUAUUCACUCAACUAAAAUAUUCGAGAGUUGUAUUAGAUACAAUUGGAAGAAGUUCCUAUCUAAAUAACUUAAUUUUGUGUAAUCCGCCUACGCGGACUUAAAACAAAGUGAAAUGUGGAUCCUGAUCCACUAAAAAAUCUUCCAACGGGAUUUUCCGAAUCAAAUGGUGAGGGUCAUUUGUUUUGAAUAAAAUAGUGGGAGCAUAUUUAAUUAAAUGUCUAAUUAAAUAUGUUAUCGAUACUUAUAUUUUCAUUUAGAUUACCAUGACAACAAACACCUCUAACAACAUUUUUCGAUCAAUCCUUGAUAAAGGAAAAUUGUUUGGGAUAAAUUUUCUAGAUUGACACCGAAAUCUGAGGAUUAUCCUCAAACAUGAUAAAAAGCUACAUGUCUUGGAGAAACCUGUUCCUGAAGAGGAACCUUUUAGUUCUGCACCUAAGGGAGAAAAAGAUGCUUAUAAGAAGCAUGUCGAUGAUACCAAUGAAACUGCUUGCCUCAUGCUAGCCACCAUGAACUCAGAGUUGCAAAAACAACAUGAGAAUAUGACAGCGUUCGAUAUGAUCGAACACCUUAAUAUGCUCUAUCAAAAGUAACCAAGGCAUGAAAGGUUUGAAGUUUCAAAAGUCCUUUUUCAAGGCAAGUUAGCUGAGGGAGUCCCUAUAGGUCCCCAUGUGCUCAAGAUGAUUGGAUAUGUGGAGAACCUUGAGAGGUUGGGCUUUCCCCUCGGAAAGGAACUUGUGACUGAUAUGAUCUUGCAAUCGUUGCCAAAUAGAUUCCGUCAAUUUGUCCUUAAUUUCUAUAUGAAUGAUAUGAACAAAUCUCUUUCUGAACUGCUAGCCAUGUUAAGAAUUGCUGAGCAGAAUCUGAAGUCAAAAGGGAAGUCCAUUUUGAUGAUCGGAAAUGGAAAGAGACAGAACAAAAGAUCCACCAAGCAAAGUGAUAAAGGGAAAGGCAAGGAAGUUGUCAAACCCAAACCCAUUGCUUCUGCUUUGAAGCCUAGUGGAGGCAUAGCAAAGGAAGGCACCUGCUUCCAUUGCGGUAAGACCAGACACUAGAAGAGAAACUGCUCAAAGUACCUGGAAGAUAAGAAGAAUGAAGUAGAGACUUUA